GUGACAAGUUAGCAGCCAUGCGAUAACAACGGCUCUGGGAAGCUGCCAGCGCUUCCGGGCCCCACCCUGCGCUCCCGUCUCCCAGGAUCCGUCUUUCUGCGAAAGAAAGGAGGAGCGCCGGGACUGGAGGGCGGGGGGGCGCAAGGCGAAGCUGCCGAGGCCAUGUGCGCGCGGGCGGCGGGGCGGCGUCUAUAAAAGGGGGCGCGUCCGGCGCGGCCUCUCCAAACCGUGCGCUCUUGGCGAGGUGGCGACUGUUGCGCGCUGCGCUCUGACCAAGUUCAUUGUCUGCUGGGGCGAUGCGUUCGUGGGCGCUGCUGGUGCUGAGCGCGGCGGGGCUGGCCGCCGCCGCUCCUCCUCCUCCUGCUGCCGGUUCUACCAGCAAGGAGCGCGCCUUCAAGGCAGCCUCCUGGGACGAGGUGAACGUCUUGGCGCACGGGCUCCUGCAGCUGGGCCACGGCUUGCGGGAGCACGUCGAGCGCACCCGCGGGCAGCUGCGCGAGAUGGGCGGCCGCCUGAGCGCGCACAACGCCUCGCUCGGCAGCCUCGAGCGCUCCGCCGACGAGCAGCGGCAGCAUCUGGGGCGAGCGCAGCGCCUCCUCGACGGGCGCCUUGACGACCUCUCCAGUCGGCUCGGCGCGCUGGCCGGCGACCUGGCGGCGCACGAGGAGGCGGUGCGGGAGCGCCUGGGGCGCCUCGACGGGCAGCUGCUGCGCCAGGUGGGCGCCGAGAACGCCAGCGGCAGCCCUCGAGGGAGCGGACAAGCGGCAGAGCUGGGCGCCUUGCAGGUGAGCCAAGGGGUGCUGCCCCAGAGGGAAAGGGAGCGGAGGGAAGAGGCAUUCUGAACCCGAAAGGGGCUGGAGCAAAAGCACUCUGCACACGCUCAGAGGUGCCUUUUACCUGGGAGCUAUAGAAAUAAAAGCCCUUACCUGUUCACAGUCCUUUUCUUCUGGAAAGGAAGGUGCUGAAACUCACCCGUGAAGUUCUUGCAGUAACCGCCACACUUUUAACCAGUGCCUUUCUUCUCAAUUAAAAGGUUCCUUUGAGUACCCCCAGUAAAAAAACACUGUCAAAAAGUUACCUGGGGUCGCCCCCCUGAAGGAUGGAGGUAGCUGCCCUCUAGGAAAUAGAGAUUGAGUGGGGAGGAGAGGUAAACCCCGCUUUUGGUCUUGGCUUUCAAAUUUUAUGAGCUUUAUCUAGCCUCCAAUGCUUCCUUGACAACUUUCGGGUACAGUACGAAUCGAUUGUUGAGACUUUUUCUAAGUGGUGCGAAGGGCUGUGAAAUGUAAACCGUUUGAUUAAUAAAAUGAAUGGGUCAUGCAGAGAGAGAACUGGGGUGCCCCAUAAAUUGGCAUAAGUGCCUCUUUGCACAACAGUUUUGUUGGGCGGCUGUGCGGGCACCAGAUACAAUAGCCCGGAGGGCACCAGGUUAGCAAAGCUUGAGAUAGGACGGUAUUUCCUUAGGGCAGAGGUUUUCAACCUUUCUGAGUCCGUGGCUCCCUUGGCCAACUGCUUUCUUUCUGCGGCACCCCUGUGGGGCUCAGGAGCCCAGUUAUGUGCCCCCCCCUUGCCUGCAGAGCUGGCAGCUUCUCACCCUUUUUCGAACACCCGCCUAAGUUGUGAUGUGUUCCUCCAGCCUCCUCUCCUCUCCCUUCUCCUUGGGAGUCCUCUGGUCAGCUGCUGCUGCUGCCUCCCCGGUCUCUGAGCUGCCCCCCCCGCCCCAAAGAGAGGUUCUUCCUCACACUGCCCCACAGGGGCCUGGGAAGCACCCCCUGGCCUGCCCCGGAGGCACCAUUUGCCUGCGGAGCUUGUAGCCAGGGCUGCUGCAACACACAGUUGUGCAAGCCUUGGGGAGGCAGAGACAUGAGAGGGCAUCAGUGGAGGGAGUGAAGGAAAGAAAGAGGGAUGGAGGCCAGUGUUGCCCACAGCACCCUAGACCAUCAUUUAAGGCACCCCAGGGUGUUAUGACACACUGGCUGAAAACUACCGCUUUAGGGAACUGGCAAGAGGUUCGAGAGCUGAGAGUCUGUUGCGAAAGAAGGGUGCUAUCUAUCCUCUGGGUUUUCUCUCCCUUAAGAAAGUUUCCCGUUCAUAAUGAUUUUUUACCUACGCUGGGUUUUCUCUAUUAGCAUCAUUUGGAUUAGUAAUGCUUAUUAAUUAAUCAAUCAGUGCAUUAGUGAGUGCACGAUAGAUCUCUCUUCCCAGCAGCAUGCAAUAUAAAGCUUGAUCGAGGAAGAACAAAAACUUGACAGAGGGAGACAGAGAAAACUAUAUGCAAUCGUCAGAGAGACCCGGGAACCUUAAGAUCUUAAUAUGUGGCUAAGGGAGACAAAGGGACGCGGGUGGCGCUGUGGGUUAAACCACAGAGCCUAGGACUUGCCGAUCAGAAGGUCAGCGGUUCGAAUCCCCGCAAUGACGGGGUGAGCUCCCGUUGCUCGGUCCCUGCUCCUGCAAACCUAGCAGUUCGAAAGCACCUCAAAGUGCAAGUAGAUAAAUAGGUACCGCUCCGGUGGGAAGGUAAACGGCAUUUCCAUGCGCUGCUCUGGUUCGCCAGAAGCGGCUUUGUCAUGCUGGCCACAUGACCCGGAAGCUGUACGCCGGCUCCCUCCGCCAGUUAAGCGAGAUGAGCGCCGCAACCCCAGAGUCGGUCACAACUGGACCUAAUGGUCAGGGGUCCCUUUACCUUUAAGGGGAGACAAUGGAGAAAGAGGAGGGAAACUGAGGCACGGGUAAGCCUGGGAGGAAUAUGCCGUUGUUGCAAUCACACAUCCUUAGGCUCCACUUCAAUAAUUUAUAAAACACGUAGUAAUUUACUUGUUAUCCAAGGAAUAUGAAUCUACAGCCCUUAUCAAGUUGCUCCGUUUGCAGUUGCAACAAAGAAAAUCCGAGUGUGGCUCUUGAGCCAAACGCUGGCCAUUUGCAAAGGUGGUUUAUUAAGCUGAGCAAGCUAAGAGUAACCACAGGAGUUUCCAAGGUUUAUUUCAAUGCUGGUUGCCUUGCUUUUGUUCACAAUGCCCUAUUGAUACGAGCACUAAAUAUUGAUUGGCCUUGAGAGGAUGGGCUUCUCCUGCCUUCGCAAGAAUUCCCAGAGAACCCGGGUGCUCCCCGUUGUUCUGCAAACAAAGCCAAAAGCGACAUUUCAAGUGUGGAGCCUUAAUUUGCUUGGGGGAGGGAGGCUUCAGAGCUUUCAUUGGUUCCAGGCACUUCUGCGAGACAAGCUCUCCGCCAGCGAUUGCGAGUGACCCGCUUUGCAAGGUGGUUGUGCGAGCGAAGCAGCUGCCGAUUUCGAAACUGCAGUGUGUCACACGCAGAGGUGUGGGACAUUCCUGGGCUUCCACUGUCAUCCUUGACCAUUGGCCAUGUUGACUGAGGCUGAUAGGAGUUGGAUAACCUCUGCAGGGCAGUGCUAGAAAGUCACAUGUGUAUAUAUCUAGAUAUAUCUUAAAUCUGGGUUGUGGUCGCCGCAACCGUAUGUCUAGGCGCCAUUCUUUCCCCCCCCCCCCAUGGAGUUUAGUUUAUGUACUUAAUUCAUUCCAAAGGUCCGUUUUUAACCUGAAACUGUUCUCAACCUGAAGCACCACUUUAGCUAAUGGGUUUCUUUACCUUUACCUAAACCACUUUGAGGGGUUUUUCUUUAAAAUAUAAAAGUAUAGAAAUGAAAUUAACAACAGCAGCAACAACAGCAACAAUACAGUGGUACCUUGGGUUACAUACGCUUCAGGUUACAGACUCCGCUAACCCAGAAAUAGUACCUCGGGUUAAGAACUUUGCUUCAGGAUAAGAAAAAAAAUCGUGCUCUGGCGGCGCGGCGGCAGCGGGAGGCCCCAUUAGCUAAAGUGGUGCUUCAGGUUAAGAACAGUUCCAGGUUAAGAAUGGACCUCCGGAACGAAUUAAGUUCUUAACCCGAAGUACCACUGUACUGUAUUUAUCUACCUGCUUAAUUUACAGAGCUGCCCCAUAGAUGAAGGACUCUGCCCCAUAUUGAGUCUGCAGCCGCCGCCCCCCCCCGAUCCAGCUCAUUUAAAGCCAUGAACAGGCAGGGAGGGUGUCAUUCUUAACGCUAGAUUGUUCAUUUUCCUAUUCCCUUCUUGGCCUCUGAAUGGACAGCGCCUGACGGCUAGGGCCAAUCUGCUGAAUGUGUACUUUUGUUUCCAAAUUUCAGAAUUUGAUGAGUCGUCAGAAUCUGAAGAUUGAGGAGCUGUUUCAUAAGAUUAAGCAACAGCAGUACAGAAUGGACAAACAGAACCUGCAGAUCAAAAGUCUCCAGAGCAAGGUAUGACCUACAGUUUGAAAUUCUGGUUCAGAGACACACUUUGCACAUGCCUAAAAGCACUUUCCUGCAGACUGAAUUCAUUUUUUGGGAGGGGAGGGUGGGGAAAUAUAAACCGCUCUUUAUCUCCACAGAUAAUUCUGCUGGAUUCCACAGCAGAAUGUAUGUAUAUUUUUAAAUGAACAUUAUAGCAUGUUGUUGUUGUUGUUUAUUCGUUUAGUCGUGUCCGCCUCUUCGUGGCCCCCUGGACCAGAGCACGCCAGGCACUCCUGUCUUCCACUGCCUCCCGCAGUUUGGUCAGGCUCAUGUUUGUAGCCGUCUCGUCCCCUGUUGUCCCCUUCUCCUUGCGCCCUCCAUCUUUCCCAACAUCAGGGUCUUUUCCAGGGAGUCUUCUCUUCUCAUGAAGUGGCCAAAGUCUUGGAGCCUAAGCUUCAGGAUCUGUCCUUCCAGUGAGCACUCAGAGCUGAUUUCCUUCAGAAUGGAGAGGUUUGAUCUUCUUGCAGUCCCUGGGACUCUCAAGAGUCUCCUCCAGCACCAGAAUUCAAAAGCAUCCAUUCUUUGGCGACCAGCCUUCUUAAUGGUCCAGCUCUCACUUCCAUACAUCACUACUGGGAAAACCAGAGCUUUAACUAUACGGACCUUUGUUGGCAAGGUGAUGUCUCUGCUUUUUAAGAUGCUGUCUAGGUUUGUCAUUGCUUUUCUCCCAAGAAGCAGGCGUCUUUUAAUUUCGUGGCUGCUGUCACCAUCUGCAGUGAUCAUGGAGCCCAAGAAAGUAAAAUCUCUCACUGCUAUAAUCUCUCAUUAUAGCAUAAGGCAUGAUAAAUUUAAGAGGAAUAAAGUAAUGCAACCAGCUAAUCUAAAAUCUAAAAUAUCUGGGCAAAUAAGCAAAAGCUUUUCAAACUGGCAGUCCAGAAAAGUGCAUUGUCAGGCAUACCUGAGCGAGGCACUUUUCUAAUGCUUAACAGUACUCUUUGCACAUUUAAGUGCUGUGAUAAUGGCAGUAUCAACUAUGGGAAAAGUUUAGGAUAAAAGGAUGGUUCUUGAUACCAACAUAAUUCAGACUAAUCUGCUAAACUGCUUCUUCCCAGUUAGCCUAGGAUCAUCCAUGUAGUGAUUAUAGAUACUACUAAUAAUAAUUUUAUUAUUUGUGCCCCAGCCACUCUGGGCAGCUUCCAACAAACAAAAAAGCACAAUAAAGCACGAAACAUUAAAAACUUCCCUAUACAGGGUUGGCUUCAGAUGUCCUCUAAAGGUUGUAUAGUUACUUAUCUCCUUGACAUCUGAUGGAAGGGUGUUCCACAGGGCGGGGGCCACUACUGAGAAGGCCCUCUGCCUGGUUCCUGCUUCUUGCAGUGAGGGAACUGCCAGAAGGCCCUCGGAGCUGGAUGUCAGGGGUAAAGAUGCUCCUUCAGGUAUGCAGAGAUGAGGCUGUUUAGGGCUUUCAAGGUCAGCACCAACACUUUGAAUGGCACUUGGAAACAUACUGGGAACCAAUGUAGUUCUUUUAGGACUGGUGUUAUAUGGUCUCGGCAGCCGCUCCCAGUCCCCAGUCUGGCAGCCACAUUCUGGAUUAGUUGUAGUUUCUGGGUCACCUUCAAAGGUAGCCCCACGGAGAGCGCAUUGCAGUAGUUCAAGCGGGAGAUAACUAGAGCAUGCACCACUCUGGUGAGACAGUCUGAGGGCAGGGACGGUCUCAUCCUGCAUACCAGAUGGAGCUGGUAGACAGCCGCCCAGGACACAGAAUUGACCUGCGCCUCCAUGGACAGCGGUGAGUCCAAAAUGACUCCCAGGCUGCGCAACUGGUCCUUCAGGGGCACAGUUACCCCAUUCAGGACCAGGGAGGCCCCCACAUCUGGUAGGUGGAUUGCAUAGGAAGCAAUGUGUAGGUCUGUUCAAAUUGGUCAUGCUGGGCCACGCACAAAAAAGUGUCUAAUGGGUGAGAGUAUUUCUUAGUUGUUGCUCUUUCAAUUGUGUUGCACAAGGCUCCUCUUAGGUUGGACGCAGUUCAAGAAAAACACGUGUGAGAUGGUUUAUUUAUUUGGAGCAUAGAGGAUCUGUUCCUGUGUGAUGGAAAAGCUCCGCCACGGGGUCCCCAAAUCAGAAAAGCUUUCCUCCAGUAGUUUAUGUCAGGCAUAAAUGUAAAGGGACCCCUGACCAUUAGGUCCAGUCGUGGCCGACUCUGGGGUUGCGGCGCUCAUCUCGCUUUAUUGGCCAAGGGAGCUGGCGUACAGCUUCUGGGUCAUGUGGCCAGCAGGACUAAGCCGCAUAUUCCUCCCAGGCUUACCCGUGCCUCAGUUUCCCUCCUCUUUCUCCACUGUCUCCCCUUAAAGGUAAAGGGACCCCUGACCAUUAGGUCCAGUCGUGGCCGACUCUGGGGUUGCGGCGCUCAUCUCGCUUUACUGGCCAAGGGAGCCGGCGUACAGCUUCCAGGUCAUGUGGCCAGCAGGACUAAGCCACUUCUGGCGAACCAGAGCAGCGCAUGGAAAUGCCGUUUACCUUCCCACCAGAGCGGUACCUAUUUAUCUACUUGCACUUGGACGUGCUUUCGAACUGCUAGGUUGGCAGGAGCAGGGACCGAGCAACGGGAGCUCACCCCGUCAUUGCGGGGAUUCGAACCGCCGACCUUCUGAUCGGCAAGCCCUAGGCUCUUUGGUUUAACCCACAGCGCCACCCGCUCUCAGGUAUAGGCAAACUAAAACCUAAAUCCAGCUCUCAACCUGAAGGAAAGAAAGUUCAUUGCAACUGUGUUUCUGAAGCUGCAAGAUCUAUGCAAAGGGCCAUGGGAAUUGUAGAGGGAAAGUUUCCACCCUCCGUCCCCAACCACAUGUCAAGGCGCGAGACAGGGCUCUUUUGAGCCUGCUUUUCUCAACACAGAAUUGUCUUUCGUGUAGGGGCCGGGGGGGGGGAAUCCCAUACAAAUUGGACCCUAAGCGUUCCGUCUUCCUUGCAAAAACAACUUACAAACCUGAUCUGCAAGAUGUUUUGUUCUUCGGCAGCUGCAAAACACAGCUUAGUUACGUAAGUGUUCCUGAUGGUUUUCCAGGACAGCUGGCAAGUGCAAGUCUAGUCCUGGAGAGGCCAGACUCCAUAUUGGGGUAGCUGCGGGUUCGAAUCCUGCUUCGGUCUCUUCCGCACAGGUCCAGCUGCCUCGGUGCAACCGGUUUAGAAAAUGCUUCGAUGUUUCUAGCACUGUCUGUAGUUUGCUCCCAGCAUCCUUGAUAAAUGACAGCCCACAGGAUUCUUGGUGGGUAGGCGCAGGGCCGGAUUUAGGUUUGAUGAGGCCCUAAGCUCCUGAAGGUAAUGGGGCCCUUUGUCAACAACAAAUUUGCUGUUUUUUUGUGUUGAAUAUAUGCUAGAUGGUCAUUUAUGGACCUAAUAGGUAUCUCAAGCCAUUUGCCCAUGUUGUCAUGCAAUCAGUCCAUGCAGAAUGUAGGCACCCUAUAUAUAGAAAUGAGCAAACCAGUGAUAUUUUAGGGAGCAGGCUAGCAGGCGGAGCCCAUGACUUACAUCCUAGGAGCCUACACAACACAAAACACUGUUGCUGUAUGUAGGUUUUAUCUUAUUUGUUUUUUAUCUUAUGUAUUGGAAAUGUGCAUGCAGUUUUUCCCCCUUUAUAUUUUUUGGGGGGCCCCAAGAGAGUGGGGCCCUAAGCUGUAGCUUGUUUAGCUUGUACGUAAAUCUGGCACUGUGUCUGGCAGAUAACUUGCCAGUCCCAUCACCAAAAGCUCUCUUGAUAUAAGGACGCAGUUUCUACCUCCCUGCUUCUGCACUUUCUUUUCUUUUCUUUUCUUUUCUUUCUUUCUUUCUUUCUUUCUUUCUUUCUUUCUUUCUUUCUUAUUCUUUAUACUUUUCAAACUCAUACAUUUCAUUAGUUUUACAAUAAAUUUAACAUUUCCAAAUUUUGGCGUCCUUCCCCCUCUUUCUGCAGUUCCUUAAAUUUAUUUUUUAUACCUUCUGCAUAUCCACGUUCAUUUAACUUUCUCAUUUAUUUAUCUGCUCUAAAUCUCUUGUAAAACUGCAGGUUAUUACAUUAAUCCUGCUUAUGUUCUUAUCUGUUUACAAUUGAUCUGUAAAUAUUCAAUGAACCCAUUUCCAUUCUUUUAUAAAAAGUUUGUUAUCUUCUUACUACUGGUAAGUUUCGCUGUUUCUGCAUAUUUCAUAAGUUUUUGUAUGCGUUCUUCCUUUGCUGGGACUUCUGGUUCUUUCUACUUUUGGGGCAAGUAACAUUCUUGCCACUGUAGUAGCAAACAUGAAUAAAUUUGUACACAAUUUAGGUAGUUCUGUCCCCAUAAUUUCCCAAAAGAAAAGGCUUCUUCACUUUCCACUUGCGCCCUGGAAGGUAAAUUAUAUUUCCCUCUCAUUCUCUCUUUUCUCUCCUUCCGCCCUCUCCCAACCCACAGGUCAACAUGCUGAUUCCUUUGCACGUCCGAGAGAACGAAACGCAGGGUCCGAAAUGGAAGGCGAGCGUCCAGCGAAGUGUGGACCGAUCUGGAAACCACAGCCAAAGUCCCCAGCCAAAGUCCCCGGCGAUGACCAGUGAGUCCCACACCUUGCCCCACACAUAGCUGAUGGCGGGGGGCGGGCAGAAUCCCUUUACUUAAAUAUUUGCUUAGAAGCAGAAUCUUUUGGAGGCAGAGGGGGCUGCUGCUGUCGCAGCUCGGUUCUACUGCUCCCGAGUAGACCCAUUGAAAAUCAUUGAACGUGGGGAACUUCCUCAUGCUAAGUCUCUCUAGCCCAGCGUUGUCUAAAUCAGCAUUUCCCAAACUUGGGUCUCCAGCUGUUAUUGGGACUACAACUCCCAUCAUCCCCAGCUCGCAGGACCAGCGGUCAGGGAUGAUGGGAAAUGUAGUCCGGAAACAGCUGGAGGGCCUUGUUUGGGAAACACUGGACGCUGAUCAAGGUUACAAACGGGGGUCUUUCUGAGCCCUAGCUUCUCAUCCGGCUAGCCAGAGCAGAUUCUGCGGUGCUGAGCUAAGGGCUGGGGCCGGGUUCCUAGAGGGGAAAUAAUCUGCCUUCAAAUCCAGUCAUGCCAGCAAGAUUGAGCUUCCAUAUCUGGAGGCAGUCUACCUUGGAAAUACCAGCUGCCACGUGGCAUGGAAGCUCAACCACUUUGGGAAGCAGGGCUCUGGGCUAGAGCCCAGGAGGGGUAGUUUUGUUCAUUUUUAAGAUGCAAACAGAAAUUGGGACUUGUUGUCGACAGAGGGGUGGUGGUGGGGGAGCCUGGGGCAAGAGUUGGGCCUGGUUGUGAUUAGCCCCUAGUUCAAGAUGUGCCAUAGCCCUGUUGUUGUUGUUGUUUAGUCGUUUAGUCGUGUCCGCCUCUUCGUGACCCCCUGGACCAGAGCAUGCCAGGCACUCCUGUCUUCCACUGCCUCCUGCAGUUUGGUCAAACUCAUGCUGGUAGCUUCAAGAACACUGUCCCACCAUCUUGUCCUCUGUCGCCCCCUUCUCCUUGUGCCCUCCAUCUUUCCCAACAUCAGGGUCUUUUCCAGGGAGUCUUCUCUUCUCAUGAGGUGGCCAAAGUCUUGGAGCCUCAGCUGCAGGAUCUGUCCUUCCAGUGAGCACUCAGGGCUGAUUUCCUUCAGAAUGGAGAGGUUUGAUCUUCUUGCAGUCCAUGGGACUCUCAAGAGUCUCCUCCAGUACCAGAAUUCAAAAGCAUCAAUUCUUUGGCGAUCAGCCUUCUUUAUGGUGCAGCCCUUACUUCCAUACAUCACUACUGGGAAAACCAUAGCUUUUACUAUACGGACCUUUGUUGGCAAGGUGAUGUCUCUGCUUUUUAAGAUGCUGUCUAGGUUUGUCAUUGCUUUUCUCCCAAGAAGCAGGCGUCUUACCCCCCUUUAAAGCCAUAUCAACGAAAAGAAAAGAACUCACUCUGAAACUCACCUACAGGUGGUACCUAACACCAAGAAAACUAGUGCUAAUAUGCCCAGGAACCUCACCAAAAUGCUGGAGAGGGUGCACCUCCACAGGCACAUACCUCCACAUGUGGUGGGAGUGCUCCAAAAUCCAACUAUUCUGGACAACAGCCACACGAGAAAUAUGUAAAAUAACUAAACAAGUUUUAGACAUCACCCCAGAAUUGGCCCUACUAAAUAUCUUCCAAGACAACGAUGCCCAUUUACACCACAAAGAACUCAUAACCCACCUACUUUCAGCAGCCAGAAACACCAUAACCAGACACUGGAGAGACCUGUCAGGAGUAAGCGUGGUCCAAUGGUACUAAAUAGUAUGAGAAACAGCCCUACUAGAAAAAUUAACCAAUAAACUGAAACUGACAAGGGGACAAACAGAAGAAGACGCCUUCACCCCCGUAUGGCUCCCCUUUAUCACAUACACAGCCCAACAAGACAAUGACAAUAAUCCACCAAUAGCAUACAAAUCAAUAUGGCUAACCUGAUCCAAAACACCCACCCACCUCACUCACGCACGAAAACAAAGAUCACCACAGCCAAUCACAAGUGAACAGCCACACCCUAGGCCAACCCCAACCUCUCUCACCACCAAAGAAACACAAAUGAACAGCAUGAGCAACCCUGAUACCAAACCCUACAUACAUUAAUCAAAAUAGAAACAUCGCCACCCGACCCCACCCCCACCCAUCUUCCCUUCCUCCACCCCUUUUUUUUCUCUCCCCCUAAUGUCUCAACAAAUGAAACGGAUUUGUAAAAACGUUACAUGGGAAAAAUACGAGAGACAUUACACUUACUUCUGUAAAACAAGAAAUCUUUAAUAAAAAAUAAUAAUAAUAAAAAGAAAAGAUGUGCCAUAGCCCUGAACCAGACUGUAGCCCAUUGUCUUGUCUCAGCAGCUGAGGAAUCCGGCCAUCUGGAGACGUGAAUGUGUGGUGUCUUGCAAGUUAAAACAUGGCCCUGCAGAUCUGAAGGCAAAGCUCUUUAAAGAUCCCACAUCAGGCGCUUUUUUCCAACCAAGAUGUAGAAACCUGCCUUAUACCAAGUCAGAAUAUUGGUACUAAGCACAAGCAAGAGUGCUUUCAUUCUCCGUGGCUGUGUGUGGACAAUUACAGUAGUGCUUUUCUAAGUCGAACAAAUCUCUGCAGCGCCUCUUCGCAAAUACCGUAUUUUUACGUGUAUAAGACUAGGUUUCCCCCACUAAAAAAUACAGUGGUGCCUCGCAAGACGAAAAGAAUCCGUUCCGCGAGUCUCUUCGUCUUGCGGGUUUUUUCGUCUUGCGAAGCAAGCCCAUUAGCGGUUUAGCGGAUUAGCGCUACAGUAUUAGCGGCUUAGCGAUCAGCUGUUAAGCGGCUUAAAGAUCAGCUGAUAAGCGGCUUAACGAUCAGCUGAUAAGCGGCUUAGCGAUCAGCUGUUAAGCGGCUUAGCCGAUCAGCUGAUAAGCGGUUUAGCGGCUUGGGAAAAAGGGGGGGGGAAAGGAAAAAAACCCCGCAGGAACUCGCAAGACAUUUUCGUCUUGCGAAGCAAGCACAUAGGAAAUUUGUUCUGCGAAGCACCUCCAAAACGGAAAACCCUUUCGUCUAGCGGGUUUUCCGUCUUGCGAGGCAUUCGUCUUGCGGGGCACCACUGUAAUGUCAAAAAUUAGCAGGUGUCUUAUACAUGGAUACAUCUUCCCCCCAUUUUCUUAAAUCUGAGUCCUCCAAAAUAGGGGGCGUCUUGUACAUGGGGGCGUCUUAUAGAUGGAAAAAUACAGUACAUCUUGUGCAGCAAUUCUGAAGUGGCUUUUGGGUUCUGUGGAAAUUGGAUAACACACCACUGUAGCUUAAUUAAUACCAGCCUUGCGAAAACGUUGUGCUAUACACAUUACAGAAACUUGCUCCAAGCCGUCUCGGGGCGGUCACGGCGUAAAAUCACAAGAUAAAAACACAAAAUACGUUAUCCAAAUAAAAACGAGAGUAACCCAAUAUCCUCACAUUUUAAAAGGGUGUUGGGUGUCAAUCAGCCUGGUUAUAGAGGAACCUUUCUGAAUGGUGCCUAAUGGUGUAUAAUGAAGGCGCCAGGCAAACUUCCCUGGGGAGAGCUUUCCACAAACUGGGAGCCACUGCAGAAAAGGCCCUGUUCUUGCGUUGCCUCCCUCUGGACCAUCUCACAGAGGGGGCACACGAAGGAGGGCCCCAGAUGAUGAACGCAGAGUCUGGGUAGGUUCAUUUACCGUUGAUGCAACAUCUGUAAGGAUACAGGCCUUUCCCAUCCCCCUUUUUAAGCAGAUGUUGGAUGGCCAUGUGUACUGGAUGCUUUAGGUUGGUGGUUCAAGCCCACCCAGGGAUAGCUGUAGGCAGGAUUCCUGAAUUGCAGGGGGUUGGAAGAGAUAAAUAAUUUAUUACGGUCGGAGACAGUCACAGAAGGAAAACAAACAGUUAAAACAACGUACAACAAUACAGUGGUGCCUCGCAAGACGAAAUUAAUUCGUUCCGCGAGUUUUGUCGUCUUGCGAUUUUUUUCGUCUUGCGAAGCACGCUGUCGGGAAAGUUUUGGAAAAGCUUCAAAAAUCACCAAAGUCUUUAAAAACCUCAAAAAAGGCUACCACACCGCAUUCUAUGAGUUGCUCCUCGAAGUCAAGUCGCAACUGUAUUAACGGUGUUAAGAAAAGGAAACCUACUUGCAAGACGUUUCCGUCUUGCCACGCAAGCCCAUAGGGAAAAUCGUCUUGCGAAGCAGCUCAAAAAACAAAAAACCCUUUCGUCUAGCGAGUUUUUUGUCUUGCGAGGCAUUCGUCUUGCGAGGUACCACUGUAAAUUUAAAAUUUAUAAAUGCGAUGAGCGAAUAGACACUUAAAACUUGAAGAUAAACUACCGCAGGGAGAUGACCCAGAGUUACCCAUGGAACUGAGUUUGGGGAUUUUCUUAACAAACUAGUUUGAGUCGGGGAGGUGGUCUGCGCCUACACAGAAUCUAGCGACCAUCCGGGUCGUCUUCUGAUCUUUGCCUAACAGGAAAAGGUCAAAUUUUUGCUUUUCCGGGAGGUCAGUGAGCCUCACCUCAAUGGUCUCGCUACGUGCCUCUUCAUAAAAGGGACAUCUAAAGAACAGGUGCUCUGGGCUUCCAAUCUCCCCCAAUGAAGAGGCGCAAAGUCUCUGAGCAUAUGGGACUUUUUUAAAAGGAUCCUUCCAGGACCGGCGAGAGCAGAGCCCAGCUUCUGGCGAGUGUAAAAGCCCUUCUUGCAUUUUUGGAUACGAGAAAGAAGAGAUAUGCUGCCGGUGCGGCUAUAUCUCUCUCUAUUUCUCCAAUUUUAUAGUCGGGGCAAGGGGGGUUGGAAUGGAUGACCUUCAGGGUCCCUUCCAGCGCUACAAGUCUAUGACUCCAUCCCUGAUCUAAGAAGAUGCAGCUCCCCUACUCUGAAGAAGGAAUGCCUCUUCUCAAUAGAACUGCCCCACUGUCUCUCGCAUGCAGUGGGGAAAUCAGGGACGGGGAGCUUGUGGCCACUGGGAUAUUACUGGGCUCCCAGUUCCCAUCGGCCCCAAGCCGUUGGAGUCCCAGCCUUUCUCGACCUGUGGGUCCCCAGAUGUUGUUGGACUACAACUCCCAUCACCCCUAGCUCGCAAGGCCAGAGCUCAGGCAUGAUGGGAGUUGUAGUCCAACGACAUCUGGGGACCCACAGGUUGAGAACCACUGCGUUGGACAACGGGGCUUUUGUAGCCCCGGACAUUGGAGGUGCCAGCGGUUCCCUGUUCCGAUGUGCCUCUCUCUGCUUCGACACGGCGCUCUACGUGGGUCGCGGCUGUGUUGGAGCCAUCGCGACACCCGCUAUGGGGAAUUUGAGCUGGGAGAUUCGAGCCGGCCUCGUUCGGCUCCCAACCAGGCCUGUCUCUCGCUCGCUCGCUCGCUCUGGCUCUCAGCCAAGUGUGCGAGAGGUGAAAUCUUCGCAAGGCAUUCCCAGGAGCGACGAGGUUAAUUGAGGAAGAAAGAGAGACGGGGAGAGAGAGAGACCGGGGCAGGAAGUGGGGGGGGGGAGAUAAUACCGUGGCGCACACUUGGGCUGGCAUCCCUCCAACUAGGGGAAAGGCAGCGCUCCCCCUGCGGUGCUGGGAUUCCAAAAUAAUUUGGCUGCACCAGGGCGGUGGAAACCUCAGUGGCUGAGCAAGGCUGGGCUUGCCUCAUUGCUGCUGGAGCAGUUCUGUGCUGCCACAGUCCAGUGUCCCCAGACUUAAUCUCCCAUUUCCAUCUUCUGCUAGGAACAGAGGGAGCUGCCUUAGCCAGGGGUCCGAGCACUGGUCCAUCCAGCUCAGAGGAUCAGCCCCAUAGUCAAUUGUUACCAGAAACGUUAAGGGGCGCCCAUUCCACAGAAAGCAAGUCCUUCACCCCUUCAAAAUUAGGAAGCAUUCCCUGAGAAAAACAGAGGACGCAGAACAAUCCCCAGGCCACCUUGGCUCUCCCGAAAGACUCUAAAUCAGGUGUCAGCAAACUUUUUCAACAGGGGGCCGGUCCACUGUCCCUCAGACCUUGUGGGGAGGGGCAGGACUAUAUUUUGAAGGAAAAAAUCAACGAAUUCCUAUGCCCCACAAAUAACCCAGAUGCAUUUUAAAUAAAAGCACACAUUCUACUCAUGUAAAAACACGCUGAUUCCUGGACCAUCCGUGGGCUGGAUUUAGAAGGCGAUUGGGCCGGAUCCGGCCCCCGGGCCUUAGUUUGCCUACCCAUCCUCUAAAUCGUUCCUCUACUGUAAAAGGGAAUAUCUUGGGGGUGGGGACGCCUUUCCCAAUAGUGCUUAUCACUUACAAAUCCAGUGAAAUGAGCAUCUCUUGCCUAUGAAUAGGGGAGGUCUGGGACAAUGGUUCUGGGAGCUAGGUAUUUGCAAUUUCAAAAGAAAGGCCUAAUCUGGCCAAGGUGGGGGGAACAGCAAACAUUAUCAGGUAUCUUGACAGAGAAGCCACACUCCCAAAUUUCUGUUGUGGACCCGCCUCAUUCUGCGACAUUUGUGUGAUAAUUUUGGGUGGUCUUUGGUGGGGCAAUUUCUACAGCCUUUAAAAUUCCUCGCACGCUUUUGUUCUGGGUCCUUGCCUCCUUGCCAAGGCGAAGAGGAGCCCCGUCACAACAGAAAAAUAAAGAUCCGCUUUGCUUUCACUGAAUCCUGCCCUCAUCCGUUCUUCUCUGACCGAUCACGGACUUAGGGGGACACCGAAUCCCUUGAUGGGGGAUUUUGGCUGCAAAAGCCAACCCCAGAUUUUCCGUGAGAACAUAGGGCUGGGUUAGUUGUAGUUUCCGGGUCGCCUUCAAAGGGAGCCCCAUGGAGAACGCAUUGCAGUAGUCCAAGCGGGAGACAACCAGAGCAUGCACCACUCUGGCCAGACAGUCCAUGCUAUUAAAAACUCUGACACUGAGCUACAAGGGCUUCAGCAGAGCGCAUAUGCCCCAGAGGGGGUCUCCCCACACCUUGGCAUAUCUUGCCUGGUGUGUCUUCCGUCUCAAAGAUGCACCUGUUGAAUUUUCCUCCGCGCUCCAGGGCGAUUCUCCUGGGGGAGCACAGGAGAAAGGCUGCGAUGGCAGCUGUUAGGCUGUCUGUUGGGGGCAUUUGCAAGGAGCGGAAAGACCAGCUUAUUACGGCCAUGUGCGAUGUUGUGUCCUGAGCUGGGGGGGAGGGAGGUGGGGGGAAAUGGGUGAAAGUUGAGAGCCUUUCCUUGAGGGCUGCAGUCUUUUUCCGGCAGUUCCCAGGCUGAGAUGCCCUUUCCCCUACUUAGCUCUCGCUCCCGCACCCCCUCUGCACAUGCUGAUCUAAUAUCUGCGGCUGCGAGAGAGAUGGCUUUGUGUCAGAGGCUUUUUCCUGGAAUGUGCUGCGGUCAGCCUGCAAAAAAAACCACGCCUGCCCGCUACCCAGAGAGCCUGUGACUCAACGCUAGCCGUGACUCACGGGAAUGUGGUGGGACGCUCGGGAAAUUGCUCCUUCGCAUCUCGCCUCCGCUGGAAACGUGCAGCAUCGCACGAGGCUUAGCCGUGCCGUCACCUUUCCACGCUUGGACUACUGCAGUGCGCUCUAUGUGGGGCUCCCUCUGAGGGUGACCCAGAAACUACAAUUAAUCCAGAAUGCGGCAGCUAGACUGGGGACUGGGAGCGGCUGCCGAGACCACAUAACAUCGGGCCUGAAAGACCCACAUUGGCUCCCAGGACGUUUCCAAGCACAAAUCAAAGUGUCUGUGCUGACCUUUAAAACCAGGCACCCCCAACCUGCGGCCCUCCAGAUGUUUUGGCCUACAACUCCCAUGAUCCCUAGCUAACAGGACCAGUGGUCAGGGAUGCUGGGAAUUGUAGUCCAAAACAUCUGGAGGACCAAAUGUUGGGGGUGCUUGCCCUAAACCAAGGCCUGGGGGCCGGAUCCGGCCCAAUCGCCUUCUAAAUCCAGCCCGUGGACGGUCUGGGAAUUGGUGUGUUUUUAUAUGAGUAGAAUGUGUGCUUUUAUUUAAAAUGCAUCUCUGGGUUAUUUGUGGGGCAUAGAAAUUCGUUCAUUUCCCCCCCACCCAAAUAUAGUCCAGCCCCCCACAAGGUCUGAGGGACAGUGGACUGGCCCCCUGCUGAAAACGUUUGCUGACCCCUGAUCUAACUCAUGUUUGCAAGUUUGCACAAAGGAGACAACGUGAAAAUACGCUGUUCUAUGGGAUGGAAGGGGAAAGGGGCUGUUCUGCAGCUUUCUGGACGUGUUUUUGCCAUAAUGUAUUCCUCUGCAUUUCCCCCACUUUCAUAUAAAAAACAACAACUGUAAAAGCGAAAUGGCAAAGCUGCGGGCGUCUGGUUCGUUUCUUGAGAACUAGCGACGUGAUUUUGUUCAGGGUGGGCUCCGCAAAGCCUCUGCCGCUGAAUAGGGUGUCUUUUUCGAAGGCUUGCCCCUUCUCUCCUUCCUGCACCCCGUGAUUCCACCCCACGGCCUUUCUCUGCAGGACGGAGAAGCCGUUUCCAAUAUCCUACGUGGUACGGCUAAGGUCUCCGCCUGACCGUCUGAUGCAAGCAUCUUGCCCGGCCGUGCAUUAAUGCGCGCCUCCCUCCCCGCUGAGAAACUGGGGGAAAGUUCAUGUUUACUCGCAGGAACUCCCUCUCCAACCUGGGAUCCCGCCCUCUUCCUGAUCUCCUGCUGCUGGCAUCUGUUUUGAGAAUCCCAGCUAAAUUUAUCCAAGGCAGGAGAGGGUCCCAGGGGGAGCCUGCUGAGCCCAGAAGAUGCAGCGCCUUUUGCCGGGACAGAGGCUUCCUUUGUCUUUGGGAGAGCGGGGAGGGACGUCCUCCCCCCCCCCCGCAGCUGUUUUUAGCCAGAGCAAAGUCCCCUCGCGCCCUGCCACAUCUUUGCCCUUCGCCUCCUCGCUUGCCGGAUGCCUCUCCCAACUGGACUUUUGACAUGGGGCUGUCGAAACCCUGACUCGCUGGCAGAUGGUACCCAUUCCUGGGCAGAGUCCAUCCACCUGCCAGGGGCUCAGCGCUCAGCGCUCUUCAGGGGUGGUGCAGAGAGAAGGAAUCUUAGAAUUUUAGAGUUGGAAGAGACCCCGAAGAAUGGACGCGACGGGGACAUGGGUGGCGCUGUGGGUUAAACCACAGAGCCUAGGGCUUGCCGAUCAGAAGGUCGGCGGUUCGAAUCCCCGCAACGGGGUGAGCUCCCGUUGCUCUGUCCCUGCUCCUGCCCACCUAGCAGUUCAAAAGCAUGUCAAAGUGCAAGUAGAUAAAUAGGUACCGCUCCAGCGGGAAGGUAAAUGGUGUUUCCGUGCGCUGCUCUGGUUUGCCAGAAGCGGCUUAGUCCUGCUGGCCACAUGACCCAGAAGCUGAACGCCGGCUCCCUCGGCCAGUAAAGCGAGAUGAGCGCCGCAACCCCAGAGUCGGCCACGACUGGACCUAAUGGUCAGGGCUCCUUUUAAAUAAUCACGGCAGUAAGACCCGAGCCUUGUGACAUGACAUCAUGGCCACGCCUGAGCAUGUGCAGAGUGUUUCUAUCCCCUUUACUAUGUAGCUGCAAGCGUAGCACAUCUGGGAUCAGGAGUAACAGAAUUCCAAGCUGCAUGGGGAGUAGUUUCCGGCAGGCUUCAGCUGUGGCUUCUCUUGGGAGGGAUAAGCUUUGGCAACACAGUUCCCCCUCCACGCUUUUGCCGCCUGCCAGCUGCUGUCCGCAACUUCGGCCCUGCAGUUGUUAAUGUCAGGCUGACAUUUGGCUGAGGGUAGCUUGGGCAAAGUCCGAGUGGCGUUCCGUGUUCACGUGGUGGCCGCAUCCCGCAGGGUCCUGUUGCGGUUGCUGCCUGCUCUCGAUUCCUCUUCCCUCCCCCUUUUUAAACAUUGGAUUCAUCUUCAAGUUAAUAGUCUACCAGUGGACCUUUUUGCCUGCAAGCAUGGCGAACAUCUGUGACCCUCCACACGGCCAGCAGUUAGGGCUUUAUUUAUUGAGGAGCUUCGCAUUUUGCAAUCUAUAAAACACAGUAACGCAGGAAUGCGAGAGACGGCAAAACCACAUUAUUGUUGUUGUUUAGUCGUUUAGUCGUGUCCGACUCUUCGUGACCCCCUGGACUAGAGCACACCAGGCACUCCUGUCUUACACUGCCUCCCGCAGUUUGGUCAAACUCAUGCUGGUAGCUUCGAGAACACUGUCCCACCAUCUCGUCCUCUGUUGUCCCCUUCUCAUUGUGCCCUCCAUCUUUCCCAACAUCAGGGUCUUUUCCAGGGAGUCUUCUCUUCUCAUGAGGUGGCCAAAGUCUUGGAGCCUCAGCUUCAGGAUCUGUCCUUCCAGUGAGCACUCAGGGCUGAUUUCCUUCAGAAUGGAGAGGUUUGAUCUUCUUGCAGUCCAUGGGACUCUCAAGAGUCUCCUCCAGCACCAGAAUUCAAAAGCAUCCAUUCUUCGGCGAUCAGCCUUCUUUAUGGUCCAGCUCUCAUUUCCAUACAUCACUACCAGGAAAACCAGAGCUUUAACUAUACGGACCUUUGUCGGCAAGGUGAUGUCUCUGCUUUUUAAGAUGCUGUCUAGGUUUGUCAUUGCUUUUCUCCCAAGAAGCAGGCGUCUUUUAAUUUCGUGACUGCUGUGACUAUCUGCAGUGAUCAUGGAGCCCAAGAAAGUAAAAUCUCUCACUGCCUCCAUUUCUUCCCCUUCUAUUUGCCAGGAGGUGAUGGGACCAGUGGCCAUGAUCUUUGGGGGUUUUCCGAAAACCACAUUAUAGAUAGUUUUAAAACAGAAAUUCGGAAGAAGAAAAAAGAGGGUGCUGUUGGAUUGAAUAGGGCUUACCUCUGAGUAGGACACAGUAAAAAUGUUGUGCAAGCUAAUGAUCUGAAACCAUUGUUUUCAGUCCUGUAGUUUGACGUUGGCUUGUUAUUUUGUUGCCUUUUAAGUCUGUAUUUAGUUAACAAAAGCUGCAAGACCACCAAGCAGUGUAUUGUGCAAUGUUCCAUAAAUACAACUGUGCAAAUCAUCCUGAAAAUUAUUCUUGACUUUUAUUAAAUAAUAGUAUUGUGCAUGGUGGGCUGUCUGCAGCUACAUCAACUGUGGAGCAGAGCCACUGAAGUUGCUGGGAAUAGUAAUUAAUUAAUUCAAUUGUAAACACACACACCCCAUCUGACUGGGUUGGCUCAGCAAGUCGUGUCUGUUAAUUUCAGCGUUGACUAAUAUUGGAUAAAGCCCCUAGAUUAUUUUCAGUAAACACACAAACUUCCUCAAAAUAACAUGGUCAAAGCAGGAGGAAGAAAAUAGCUGUGCAGUUAAUUAAUUAAUAAAAUAAUAAUAAUAUUUUAUUAUUUCUACCUCGCCUAUCUGGCUGGGUUUCCCCAGCCGCUCUGGGCGGCUUCCAGCAAAAUAUAAUAAUUCAUCAAAUAUUAAAAGCUUCCCUAAACAGGGCUGCCUUCAGAUGUCUUCUAAAAGUCAGAUAGUUGUUUAUUUCCUUGACAUCCACAGGGCGGGUGCCACCACCGAGAAGGUCCUCUGCCUGGUUCCCUGUAACCUCGCUUCUUGCAGUGAGGGAACCGCCAGAAGGCCCUCAGAGCUGUACCCUGGUGUCCGGGCUGGACAAUGGGGGUGGAGAUGCUCCUUCAGGGAUACAGGGCCGAGGCCGUUUAAGGCUUUCAAGGUCAGCACCAACACUUUGAAUUGUGCCCGGAAACGUACUGGGAGCCAAUGUAGGUCUUUCAGGACCGGUGUUAUGUGGUCUCGGUGUUAAUAAUCAGUAUUCACGGCAAAACUUUAAUAAGGCCGAUCAAAUCAAUGCUUGUUCUAGGAUGCUAAAAUGGCUUUUGCUUCUUCAAUCUGCAGAGUUCCCAGCAAGCUGCCACCAGCUGUUUCUGGAAGGGGAACAAACCAGCGGUGUUUUCCAGAUCCAGCCCCCUGGCUCCCAGGUUUUUGAAGUCUUCUGUGACAUGACUCCAGGUAAAUAUGCGAGGUUUAUAGAAGCGGGAGAGAAAUUUGAUACAGUUUGCAUUUAAGGUUUUCUUAACCUGGUUCUGGGAUGCGGGUGGCGCUGUGGGUUAAACCACAGAGCCUAGGACUUGCCGAUCAGAAGGUUGGUGGUUCGAAUCCUCAUGACGGGGUGAGCUCCCGUUGCUCGGUCCCUGCUCCUGCCAACCUAGCAGUUCGAAAGCACGUCAAAAGUGCAAGUAGAUAAAUAGGUACCACUCCGGCGGGAAGGUAAACGGCGUUUCCGUGCGCUGCUCUGGUUCGCCAGAAGCAACUUAGUCCUGCUGGCCACAUGACCCGGAAGCUGUACGCCAGCUCCCUCGGCCUAUAGAGCAAGAUGAGCGAGCAACCCCAGAGUGGGUCAUGACUGGACCUAGUGGUCAGGGGUCCCUUUACCUUUUUAACCUGGUUCUCACUUGACAAAACAGCCUGCGAACCGUAACACAGCCCUCUGAAAACCUGCCCUGUUCUGAGUUUUCUAAUGCGAUUCUCCAGCCAAGUAUUGUGUCCAAAAAUUAACGUGCUUCAGUAGAUGUGUGCAUGGGAAUGCUUAUGUGAGUGAAAAUAACACACACACACACUGUGUCACAUUAGGAAAAUUGCCCUGCAAAAAAAUAUGCAUUUAUCAAGCAAAGUUGCGUACAAAUGUCUGUACAUGAGUAGGCAAACUAAGGCCCAGGGGCCGGAUCCAGCCCAAUCGCCUUCUAAAUCCAGCCCGUGGACGGUCCGGGAAUCGGCGUGUUUUUACAUGAGUAGAAUGUGUGCUUUGAUUUAAAAUGCAUCUCUGGGUUAUUUGUGGGGCCUGCCUGGUGUUUUUACACGAGUACACUGUGUGCUUUUAUUUAGAAUGCAUCUCUGGGUUAUUUGUGGGGCAUAGGAAUUCGUUCAUUCCCCCCCCAAAAAUAUAGUCUGGCCCCCCACAAAGUCUGAGGGACAGUGGACCGGCCCCCUGCUGAAAACGUUUGCUGACCCCUGGCUGUAUUGGGGGGAAAUUGCACUCAGGUGCCAAUGAAUUUUCACAACUUAAAAAGAAAGAAAGAAAGAAAUUGCAAAACUGAAGGAGCAAAUUUCAGAUUGGGAAAAUGAUAAACUUCACUCUGAAACUCACCUACAGGUGGUACCUAACACCAAGAAAACUAGCGCUAAUACGCCCAGGAACCUCACCAAAAUGCUGGAGAGGGUGCACCUCCACAGGCACAUACCUCCACAUGUGGUGGGAGUGCCCCAAAAUCCAACUAUUCUGGAAAAUGAGAAACUGAAGUUGAGAAAUCAAAAUCCUGGGUUAGGUCAGUUGGUGGAAUGUGAGACUCUUCGUCUCAUGCUUGUGGUUUGAGUCGCACGUUGGAUGAAAGAUCCUGCAUUGCAGAGAGUUCGACUUCCAACUCUACUAUUUUAUGAUUCUGUGGCCCAUUCCUGCCGGUUUGCUGGUCGGAUGUCUUUGGGUUCAGAUAUCAUCUGAUCCUGGAGAUCACGGAUUGAUCUGGAAGGGUAAAGGUAGAGGUUUGGUUGGGUUGCGAGGGCCGUGACUCCGUUUCCCUGCGUUUCUCAAACUGGGAGGCGAAACGUUUUUGCAGCUACAGUGGCUGUCUUUCUCCCCAGUCCUAGUUCACUGUGUGUGUGUGUGUGUGUGUGUGUUCAAGGUACUAAAACAUGUUGCACACACAAAAAUCAUAUGAAAAAGCUUACAGAUCAAAGCAGCACACCAGUGGGUGUGGGUGUUUUGGUGGGGUGAGGGGGGCAGGGGGCAAAAGCCAGAUGUCUGCAGACUGAUUGAAAUUUCCCCUCCUUUUUAUUUUGCAGAUGGUGGAGGUUGGACGGUGAUUCAGAGGCGACUGGAUGGUUCUGUUGAUUUUGACCAGCUGUGGGAACCCUAUAGAAAUGGAUUUGGGAAUAUGAGCGGUAGGUUUCUGCUGCUUGCUCCCCCCGCCCCUUUUAUUAUUUUUUAAUUUUUAAAAAUUGCUACCUGCUCAUGUGUAGGAUAUAGGGACGCGGGUGGCGCUGUGGGCCUAGGACUUGCCGAUUAGAAGGUACCUAUUGAUCUACUUGCACUUUGAUGCGCUUCUGGCGAACCAGAGCAGCGCACAGAAACGCCGUUUACCUUCCCGCCGGAGCGGUACCUAUUUAUCUACUUGCACUUUGACGUGCUUUUGAACUGCUAGGUGGGUAGGAGCAGGGACCGAGCAAUGGGAGCUCACCCCGUCACAGGGAUUCAAACUAUCGACCUUCUGAUCGGCAAGUCCUAGGCUCUGUGGUUUAACCCACAGCCCACCCGUGUCCCAGAUGGGUGGGUGGGGUAUAAAUAUUAUUAUUAUUAUUAUUAUUAGUGUGAGACAUGUUCCUCAUGAGGAGGAAGGAAAAUAGAGAAGAAGGGGUGGGUGAGAGAAACAGUAAAACUUUCAUUCUUUACAGAGUAUAUGAGCCAUGCUUUUUUGUCAGCUUUGAGUUGAUAGGUCUCUCGUUAACUUUGACACAUGUUAUCACUGAGCGCCAUAAGUGUCACACAACAGCCCUGUGAGGUAGGCUAGGCUGAAAAAUUGGGGCCAGGGACUCUCAUCCCUGAAUGGUGCUGGGUCGCCCUUGUCUCAGAUCCCGCCCUCUAAUGGCUAAUUUGCUUUUCUCUGAACCCAUAAUCUGAAGUGACAUUGUAUUUUUUUUUUAAAUGAUAUUUAUUAAUGUUUCAAAGAAUACAAAAAUAAAAAUACAAGAAAGUACAAAAUACAGAAAAAAGAAUAAGAUUUUUAAAAUAUAACAAAAAGAAAAAUAAAGAAAAAUAAAGAAAAACAUACAAGAUAAAAACAGUUAAAAACAGAUUAACUUUCCAUAGUAUAACUUCCUUAACCUUAUUUCCCCGGACCUCCUCGUACCUCCCUUUUUUGUAUUCCAGUUCAGUUUGUUAGUUCAGCAAAUCCUUACCAUUAAGCUUUUACCCAUUUGUAAACCGUUUUUUCAUAACUCUUAAAACAUUACAGCUGGAAACCACUUAGUUUCUAUCCAACAUCCUUCUAAGAUUCAUUAAUUUUACAAUAUUUCUGUAAAUAGUCUUUAAAUUUCUUCCAGUCUUCUUUCACCGACUCUUCUCCCUGGUCUCGGAUUCUGCCAGUCAUUUCUGCCAAUUCCAUGUAGUCUAUCACCUUCAUCUGCCAUUCUUCUAGAGUGGGUAGAUCUUGUGUCUUCCAAUACUUUGCAAUGAGUAUUCUUGCUGCUGUUGUAGCAUACAUAAAAAAAGUUCUGUCCUACUUUGGCACCAAUUGGCCGACAAUGCCCAGAAGAAAGGCCUCUGGUUUCUUCAGAAAGGUAUAUUUAAAUACCUUUUUUAUUUCAUUAUAAAUCAUCUCCCAGAAAGCCUUAAUCCUUGGGCACAUCCACCAAAGGUGAAAGGAUGUACCUUCAGUUUCUUUACAUUUCCAACAUUUAUUAUCGGGCAAAUGAUAGAUUUUUGCAAGCUUGACUGGGGUCAUGUACCACCUGUAUAUCAUUUUCAUAAUAUUCUCUCUUAAGGCACUGAAGUGACAUUGUAAGCUCCUAGAGGUCGAGACCUGUCUCCUGUGUGGAGUCGUACCUUGGAUCCCAAACACCCCGGAACUCGGACGUUUUGGCUCCUGAACGCCGCAAACCCGGAAGUGAUUGUUCCGGUUUGUGAACGUUCUUUGGAACCCGAACGUCCGGCGCGGCUUCCGAUUGGCUGCAGGAGCUUCCUGCAGCCAAUAGGAAGCCGCGCCUUGUUUUCCAAACAUUUUGGAAGUUGGACGGACUUCCGGAACGGAUUCCGUUUGACUUUCAAGGUACGGCUAUAUCUUCUGCACAUCAGGAUUUCAGUGUUUGAUUUAGGGAAGGGUUUCUACCAACACCUGACCAAUGAGGAGUUUGUCAGCAAAUGGCAGAAAACCAUGGCUAGAAAAGCCAUCUCUAUUGGUCUGUCCCCCCCCCCCCCAACUGUAUUACCUGGAUUAUGAAGGCGCCCUAAAGACGUUAAAGCAAAGAUUAUGGGAUAAUGCACACAGUGACUUGCAGUCUCAAUCACAUGCAGUCUGUAGUCCGCUGGCAGUAGGAGUACAAUAUGGGCAUGUCUUUAAGUUAACACCUUACAUUAAAAACCUGCCAGUACCAAAUUAUCAAAGCUUAUUCACCAAAGCCAGACGAAACGUCUUUCCUUCUGCAGUAUUGGAUGGCAGGUUGAGAGGAGUUUCCUACCAGGACAGACUUUGCUCGUGUGCUCAAGACAUCGAUUGCAUAAAACAUAUUUUGCUGCACUGUGCAAAACAUGAGCAAGCCAGGGCUGAACUGAUAUUACCCUCGCUGGUACCUUUCACGGGAAAAUCAGAGGCUCGCUAUGUCAGGUUCCUAUUGGAAGACCGGACAAACGCUAGAACAUUAGCAGUGGUGAAGUUUUUAUCUGUGGUUGCAAGAACCAAUGAUCCCUAUAUUCUGAACAAAAUGCUUGUUUAACCUGGAGGUAGGCUGCAUGAACUGUGUAUUGCUUUGUAAUGACUUGUUGGAUCUCUGGACCGGAAUGAAGAUUGAUUGAUUGAUUGAUUGAUUGAUUGAUUGAUAUCUUCUGCUGGUGGGCCCUGACAGGAUAUUUAUUUUUUCCCCGUUUGUUUGUUUCUUUGGCCGUUCUCUUUCAGGCGACUUUUGGCUGGGCUUGGAAAAGGUUCACCAAAUCACGAAAGACGGGCGGUUCCACCUUUCCAUCGAACUUCAGGACUGGGAGGGCAGCUCGGAGAGGAUCCAGUUCCUUUUCAGCCUGGGCGGAGAGGACACGGCUUACACGCUCAGCCUCCUGGGCCCUAUUCUCGGGCAGCUGGAGAACGCCAUGGGCGACUUCCCACAGCUGCCCUUUUCCACACGAGAUCAGGACCAUGACCUCAAGGGGGAUGCCAACUGCGCCAAACACCUCUCAGGUCAGUCCUGAUUUUUAUUUUUAUUUUUUUCCUUUUCUAUAAUCUUUAUUCAAUUUUCUUUUUAGCAUUUUAAAACAUCCAUUUAAACCACCUUAAAACAGGCAUAGGCAAACUCGGCCCUCCAGAUGUUUUGGGACUAUAACUCCCAUUAUCCUUUGCUAACAGGACCAGUGGUCAGGGAUGAUGGGAAUUGUAGUCCCAAAACAUCUGGAGGGCCGAGUUUGCCUAUGCCUGCCUUAAAAUAUCAAAGACUUCCCUUCUUCUCUUUCCAUAACCCUUUUUGACACCUGGGAAUUUCCGUCUUCACUAUCCCCAACUAAAAGGACUCUUGAUUGUAUCCUUUGUUUGAUUUUAUUUAAAGGUUUUAUCUUUCUGUGGUUCAUUUUGCAUACCAUACAUCCCUGCAUAUUUAAAAUGAACUAAACCAUUCGGUUCAAAUCCCCGCGACGGGGUGAGCUCCCGUUGCUCGGUCCCUGCUCCUGCCAACCUAGCAGUUCGAAAGCACGUCAAAGCGCAAGUAGAUAAAUAGGUACCGCUCUGGCGGGAAGGUAAACGGCGUUUCUGUGAGCUGCUCUGGUUUGCCAGAAGCAGCUUAGUCCUGCUGGCCACAUGACCCGGAAGCUGUACGCCGGCUCCCUCGGCCAGUAAAGCAAGAUGAGUGCCGCAACCCCAGAGUCGCCCACGACUGGACCUAAUUCGAACUGCCGACCUUCUGAUCAGCAAGUCCUAGGCUCUGAGGUUUAACCCACAGCGCCACCCGCAACAUACAUAAAUAGUCCUUUUUGACACCUGGGAAUUUCCCUCUUGAAUUAUCCCCAACAAAAAGGACUCUUGAUUGUUUCCUUUAUUUAAUUUAAUUUAAAUAUUUUCCAAAAAAAUGUAUACAUACAGAUUUAAAUAUACAUGCAAAUUUUGAUUACCGUCAUUCUAUGCUUCUAAUCAGAUUCAUGACAUCGCACUCCGAGCACCAAAUUCUUUUAGCCGCACAAACCUAAGCAUAGCCGAAACAAAAUAAAAAAAUUCCUUCCAGUAGCACCUUAGAGACCAACUAAGUUUGUUAUCGGUAUGAGCUUUUUUGUGCAUGCACACUUCUUCAGAUACACCUGAGCAUGUUUGCCAUGGAAGCAAGCAAACCAUGCUGUGUUCAUUGGGACGUACUCCCUUGCCACAGUGCUGCUCAGAAUUGGAGCUCAAGAACUGCCAUUUUUGAAGCAUUUUCCAAGUAAUGAAAUCCAUUGUUCUGUGGAAAGGCCCUCGGCUGAUGCCUGCCCUUUCUGUUUCUUUUUGCUCCAAAGGAGGCUGGUGGUUCAGCAGUUGUGGCCACGUGAACCUGAACGGAAAAUACUUCCGCUCCAUCCCACGCCAGAGGCACGAGAGAAAGCAAGGCAUCUUUUGGAAGACAUGGAGAGGGCGCUAUUACCCUCUGAAGUCCACCACUAUGAAGAUCCGGCCUGCGGAGAUGGGCCUGCCAUCCUAAAUGCCCGGGAGGUCGCAGGAGAGAGUUUGGGUGGCCCUCCGUAUUCCUGCCUGCCGCCAAAAUACAGCUGCAGCCCCUCGCUCCUGUCCGGGACGAUUUGUGGGGUGUCUCUAUCGGCUUCCAGUUGAAAGCCUUCCUUUUGCAAGACUUAGUGUUGGGGUGGGAGGGGGGGCAAAGCAACGACUGUCGUCUUCGCGUUGGGAAGAGCGGCACAGGGGACCGCUUGGGUGGGUGGGAAAGGAACCGGCAUCAGGAUUCAUUUCAUGGGCAUGUUGGCCGUUGGCAAGAAAGGGCAGUUUAGCAUCUUUGAGGCCUGGUGUUAGCUGUUGAUGAAAUCUUGGGUAUCUGGUCUUCUUGAGUGCCAUCGUGUGAUAAAAUUGGGGUUCUUGCUAGCUCCGGCAGAGAUUUGUGCUGUCGUCCACGUGUCUUUAUACCCACUUCCUUACGCCUCAAAAUGAGGAAGGCCUUUGUCUCCCGUGGAAUGUCCCAAACAGAAGGAGGGGCUUCUGGCAGUAGCCAGCAGGACACUCUGCUGCCGAGAAUUUCCCACAAUGCCCCCUGCGGUAGCAUCUCUCUGGGGCAUUCUGGGAAAUUUAAACGGUUACCAUGCCUGGCACUGCUCUCAGCAACAGGCUGGGUAUUUUAUUUUUUAAGUGGGGAGGACAAAGCAAGGAUACACUCGCUGGUGAUUGUCCAGAUUGUGCGUACAAACAGCAUAUCCUUGGCUGAUGAAAUAUGUAGUCAUGAUUGAGCCUUGGGGCGUCCUAAAAUCGGACCGCCCUCCGCAGGCGUCCCUCGUGGCAGCUUGUGGUUGGGUCCGUCCUUCACUGCUUGGAACAGGGUUCAGAAGGAUGGAGCCACUGCGAAGGGCAUUGGGGGGACACUGGUUGGGGGAGAAAGGCAGGGCGGCACCUCCUCUCCCUCGCCCAAGGAGGAGGCGUUGCUCCUGUUGCAAAAUCCGGUCCUCCCUUAAAGAGGGCACGUGUUGCGGUGAGACCUGGCAACCAAACCCUGUGUUGUGGGUGGGUAUGAUUGGAUAGCCACAACACCCAAUUGGUAGGUCCCUUGUUGCAGGGUUUUAUCAGGCCAAUGGGACGCAGGUUAAAUGGAUCAAGGGGACCUGUUUAUGCCCAUGCACGUGACCCAGAGCUUCCUCUUUUGGCGUGUGCAUUCGGAACAUCCGCCCACCUCUCCCUACUUUUAGGGCUUUGCGCUUGACCUUGCUAUGCCGUCGUGUGUCGUCUGUCGUUGGGACAGGGACACGGCAGGAAUUUUCCCCACUUGGCUGAUUGGCUGGUGCCAUUUGGGUUUCCCCUGCCGCGUAGCAAAUCGUCACAACUUGUAAGGUUGCGGAUAGGCUCUGGUUCAGGUGAUAGGGAUGGGAGAACACUCUCGCCAUCCCUAUGUGAAGGGUAUUCCGUUAAAGGAAACCAGGGACUCGAUGGUUUGGUCAACCCCUGAGAGGGGUUGUGCCCGUGCCUGAGUCCAGGGGGACAUUUGGGUGGCGGAGUUAGCCCAUUCCUGGCUUUCCACUUAUCCAGGUGUUCACCCUUGGCUGACCUAUGAUAGAGCUCUGGGUCAGCGCUACCUGCAUGGGAGGGAGAUAGUCGAACCAGAGCCUAUGCAACCACUCACUUACUGUAAUCAAUAAAGUUGUGGCCUAAAUUCUACCAAAAACCAAACCAAAAUUUGAGUCUUGUCUGAAUUUAUUUAAGGGGGAGGUUUAAAGGUCUGAACACACAACUGGACAAACUUCUGCCCAGCCAGCCUCCCCAGUUGCUGUCAUGUCCAACCGCCCCUUCCCCAUUCCUUCCUCGUCCGUUUUUUUUAAGUCAUAUUGACUCAAGUUUGCUCCAGUGUUUAGCUGCUUGUUCUUGUAUAUAAUAGCAGUUGUGCUAGUCGGUGUGUUGGUUUUAAGAGUGCUUUUAUCCUGGUCUCUCUUUUUUUAUUAUUGUGGUUUUAAAACGAAGCGUCGGUGAGUGAUGUGGUUAUAACUUAUAAACGUUGCCUUGGAAGAGGCACCAGUAAGACGGGGGAGGGCGGGGGAGAGUUGAUUUCUGCUCUUCAUUUCUCUCUUUUUUUAUACUUUAAAUGUGUGACUCUUUGGUCAGUGAAGUGUCUUUUUAAUAAAACCUGUGAACCGGUU